AUGCACAGCCUUGAUCUUCGAUUCUAUGGCAUCCGCAAGACUGAGCCUGAAAUGUUCUAUCAGCUCCACAGCAAAAACAUUUCUGAAGUACAUUUGGGGCGAAAUAAGAUUGGCAGGCUCCAAAGUGGCACUCUUGAUGGCCUAGAAAGCGUAAGGUUUCUCGAUGUGACGUCUGCUCGCGUCGGCGCGAUCGAGAACCACGUCUUCGACGGCUUGACCGCGAUGGAGUCGCUCUGGCUCGACGAAAACAGGAUCGGUCUUUUGCCAAAGUCGAUCUUCUGCGGACUAGAGCACUUGAAGGAGCUCAACUUGAACUCAAACAGGAUUGGACACAUCAUCCCAGGCACCUUCCAAAACUUGAAGAAUCUCGAGUACCUCUACAUCGACUCUAACCGACUCAACCGAAUCGAGCCAAACACAUUCUACGGACUCGACAAGCUCAAAUACCUCGGUCUCAGCAAGAAUAUGAUCAAAACGCUCAAAGUCGGGUCAUUUGGUCACUUGAUGAACAUCAACUACCUCGACUUGAGCAAGAACCAGAAGCUCGAUAACGCGCUUACCAAGCGUGUGAGCCCUACCUGUCGCAGCUGGCAGCUUGAAUACUUGGAUUGCGAGCCGAUCGGCCAAUUCGAAAACGAAAACAGUCGGCUCUUCACCAACGUGACUCUCGACGAGCAAAUCCACGACGACAUGUUGUGCGAGCCCGUUGAUGAGAUCAUGAACUUUGAAAGUGGCCCCUGCGACUCAUCAAACGACGAGACCCUCUGCUGCGGUGGCAAGUCUCACUUGCGACAGAUCUUCGGCCUUCCCGAGUACUACUGGCGGGAUUCUUGCUGCGGCGAACAGCCUUAUUCUAGCGCGCGGGUCUACAAAUUCAGAAUCUGCGUAAUAUCUGAAAGAGACCCCGAUAACAGUUCCAUGCUUAUCUGCUGCUCUGGACAGGUCUCCCUCAGGCGACAGAACACUGAGUGCUGUGGAACGACAACCUUUGACUCCGAAACUCACCAGUGCUGCCGCGAUACGGUUAUUUCCAAAGCUGUCGGCUGUAACAUGCAAUACUCGAAGUUUCUGUUCUCGAUCCUCUCCAAUCUGAACACGGGCGAUUCGGACGCGUGGAAGCACUAA